AUGUUUCAGCAGAGACAAUGGUACUUUUCCCGACUGACCAAGUCUUAUCCCGUUCUGAAGCUGUUCGACGUGUACGAUCGCCAGUCGUUCAUCCGCCAGUACGUUCUGGAUAACAUCUUCGUUUGCAUAUUGAUGUACAUCCUGUUUUACGCCGCCCUGUGGUACGCCAACAAGGUCAUCAGGUGGAUCGAGAAGUCAAAUCGAGAAGUUCUCGCCUCGGUGGAGGAGAACAGAAGUAAACUGGACGACGUCAUCGCCCUGAAGAACAAACGCGCCGAGUACGAGGAAGUCGUGGUCAAAGCGAAAGGGGCGCAGAAAGUCACCGCCAGGCAUUUGGACAAUGAGAUAAAGAGGCUGAACACGGAAUUGGCUGCCACGGCGAACAAGAUGGCGGAGCUGGAGAAGGUCCUAGGAAAAUGCAAGUUCUGGGAGAACUCUCCCCGUGAACCGACAGGAAUCGUUAUCUCUCGCGAAUGCAAAUCUCUCGAGGGAGGAGAGGGUGCGUCGGACUUGUUCGCGGAUGUCAAGAUACUCGAACCGUCCUUUCCACCCCCGACGCCACCAGAGCCUCCACCGAGGAAGUACGGGAUCUUUGUCAGUAGACCACCUGGGCAUCGUCCAACCCCUUCUACACCUGCAACCGGCUAUUCAGCUCUAUCCCCGAAAAUCGGAUUCAAGUAAUCGAGCCUCUGCCGAGAACUCUUCGACCGAAACCUCGUACCGAGUUCCUAGCAGAGUGAUAUCCAGGUACAACUGCCAGUACGAGGGCGACAGGAAGAGGAGCUACUUGAGGAAGUGGAGGUCGCCAUCGAGGAGACCAUCCUUCGGUAACAUUAAGAAAUUCCCAAUCGAAC